GUGUUUAGUGACAAGAGGAGGAGAAACCUCCAGCAAGUCCGCUCAUCUUGUAGCCCGCAGUGUGCCAGUCGGUCUCCGACACCAGAGUAGCUCACACUGGUCACCGGAGUGCUCGCAACUUGGACUUACUGCGGAUUUAAACGCCGCCGAACGUACGUAGAAGAUGUUCUUCUCUCUGCUCCCUGUUGUGGCUCUAAUGCUGAGCACACAGUCUGCGGCGUCUGGCACCACCGACGACAGGCGACUGACUACUGUGGGCCAGCACUCCAAGGACAGAUCCUGGAACAGAUACAGAGAUGAUGACUACUUCAAAAGCUGGGUGCCUGCCAGAUCUCUAGACCAAGAGCGAGAUACUAAGCCUGGAAGAUACGGACAUGUAGGGACCAAAACCCACAUCAGUUCUGGCAAGAAGGUGGUACAAGAUGGUUCUGACACCACCAAGGACCCCUGCCUUAAAGUCCGCUGCCCUCCUCAUAAGGUGUGCGUCAGCCAUGACUACCAAACAGCCAUUUGCACCAAUCGCAAGCAGCCAACUCAUAGUGUGAAAGCCCGGAAAGGCAGCUUGGGCCACAAGCAUAAGCUUGAAGCAGCCGCCCAUGGCAACUGCAAAGUGUGUUCACCGCUCCAUUCCGAUCCAGUGUGUGGCUCCGAUGGACACACCUACUCAUCUAAGUGUAAGAUGGAGUUCCAGAGCUGCCUUGCCGGAAAGAUGAUCUCUGUGAAAUGUGAAGGACAAUGUCCGUGUUUGCCUGGACAAGUGCAUCGCAAAACGCCAUUGAAAACUGACAAGACCGUGUGCACCGAUACGCAACUGCAUAGCCUGGCCGCAAGACUCAAAGACUGGUUCGGAGUUCUCCACCUCGAUGCCAACAGAGAUCUCAAAUCCACCGACAGCUCCGACUCAGCCACCGGACACUUUGAUACCAGCAUCUUGCCCAUCUGCAAAGACUCCCUGGGAUGGAUGUUCAACAAACUAGACAUGAACUUUGACCUUCUGCUGGACGAGUCCGAGCUGAGCGCCAUCUACAUCGACAAGUACGAGCUGUGCAUGAAGCCCCUCUUUAACUCUUGCGACUCCUUCAAGGACGGCAAGCUCUCCAACAACGAGUGGUGUUACUGCUUUCAGAAGCCCGAAGGUUUGCCUUGCCAAGCUGAGAAGAGCAGGAUCCAGAAUCCCAGUCGAAGAAAGAGCCUCAUAGGUUCUUAUAUUCCUCGCUGUUCCGAGGAGGGCUACUUCAAACCCACGCAGUGUCACGGCAGCACCGGACAGUGCUGGUGUGUGGAUAAGUACGGUAAUGAGAUCGCCGGCUCCAGAAAACAAGGCAACCCAAAUUGCGACGAAGACCAGGAGACAUCGGGCGAUUACGGCAGCGGCGGCGCGGUCAUCCUCCUCGACGACCAAGAGGAAGAAGCCUCGCAGGGUCGGCAGAAGAAGAGACGGGGCCGAAUGCACCCCCGCGAAAUCGCCGAAGACGACGACGACGAGGAAGACGACAAGGAUGACGAGAUGGGCUACGUUUGGUAGCUCCGCCCCUUUGUAUUCUUUCCAGUCCAGCACAGAUUUGAAGCCAUUCCAGCGUCUCCUCGAUUGCCCGUGACAGCAUUUCUCUCACCAGUGGACCUCAUACUUUCUUUUUUCAAAAUGUUGUUCUGAAAACGGAGAGGAGACAGAAACGCAAGGCUCAAUCUGAAGCCUCCUUCUUUUUUAACAUCUUCUAACAUGGACUGAACCAGGGGUGUCAAACUCAUUUUGGUUGGCGGGUCUCAUUUAGGGUCAUUACAGCUCAUGUGUGGGCCAGACUAGUUUAUUUUUUGAUGAAAUAAGUUAUCUCACUCGCUUCUAUUGACAGUGCUAGAUGUCCAAUCCAUUUUAAAUUGAGAGGGGACGCCCCUCCCAGUCAAAACAGAUUGGACGUCGAGCGCUGUCAGUGUCACUGGAAGAUGAGAAUUUACAGCCAGUUCUUCCACUGUAAGUGAAUUGGACGUCUAGCAUUGUCAAUGACAGGGAUUGAGUUCAUUUUGUGUCACUUCCUGUCAAUUUCACAUCAUUAGGCCUGAGCACCAAGUAGUGCGAGAGCCAACUGAUAUUUAUUAUUAUUAUUUAUUUUAUUAUGUUUUUCAGGGCAGAUGAAAAUAGACAAUUUGGAGGCCUUAACGUCCCCAAAUUCAACAAAUUUCGCACUACAUGCAGCUUCGCGUAAAUUUCGAUAAUUUUGCGACCUUGCGAGAAAAAAAACGUAACAAAAUGGCUCAAUGAAGCCCCCCUGAAUUUUAUAAAAAGGCCUGUCCUAUUAUUAUUAUUAUUAUUAUUUUUUUUUUUUUAACGUAGAGCACUGAUAUUUAGGGAGUCGAUACCUUGUGCAAAACUGCUCCCAAAAGUCUCUUGCACCCAUGUUCGAAACCCAACAGGAAAUCGGGUAUUUUGGAUUGAGUUAGUUGGAGCCUCCUCCAAAUUGAGAGACUGUUCAUGAGACACGAGAUCUUAAGGUUUCAAAAUGGUGAGUUUCAAUUCACGGGCCUGACCUGGGUGGGUUACCAAAGUCAGCCAUUUUUUGGCAAAAUUCAGUAAAUGACUAAUAACCCUCUAAUACAACAUUCAAUCUUUUUCAUACAGUAUCUGAAUUGUGUGAGAGGUAUCCCAGUCUGAACAUGGCUGGAUUGAAAUAUUACCCAUUAGGCCAGGUGCACCUAGCUAGGAACAGGAAACGCCCUUUUUCAGGUGCCUGAACAAAAAAUUUAACAAAAUGGCUCAAUGCCACCCCCUUGAAUUUUUCCAAAAGGCCUCUCCUAUUAGGUUUUUUCAAUGUAGAGCCAUGAUAUUUGGGGAGUUGAUACCGUGUACAAAACUGCACCAAAAAGUAUGUUGCACCCAUGUUCCAAACCCAACAGGAAAUCGGGCAUUUUGGAUUGAGUUAGUUGGAUCCUCCUCAAAAUUGGUGAGACUGUUCAUGAGACAUAUGAGAUCUUAAGGUUUCAAAAUGGUGAGUUUUCAUUCAUGGGCCUGACCUGGGUGGGGUACGAACGUCGGCCAUUUUUUGGGCAAAAUUCAGUAAAUGACUCAUAAAUACAAUGUUCAAUCUUUUUCAUAUCUAGCAUGUAUGAGAGGUAUCCCAGCCUGAAUACGACUGCAUUGAAAUAUUACCCAUUAGGCCUGACGCCCCCCUCCUGGGGACAGGAAACACCCUUUUUCACGAGAUAGGCUCGUCCUUCAAGGGAAAAAAAUCAAUUCACCUCAAACCUGCAUCAGGGGAGCCUUAAGACAUGUGUUCAGGUGCCUGAACAAAAAAAUUAACAAAAUGGCUCAAUGCCACCCCCUUGAAUCUUUCAAAAAGGCCUCUUCUAUUAGGUUUUUUCAAUGUAGAGCGAUGAUAUUUGGGGAGUCGAUACCUUGUGGAAAACUGCACCAAAAAGUCUCUUGGACCCAUACACCAAACCUAAGAGGAAAUCUGGUAUUUUGGAUUUUAAAUUGUAGUCAAUUUCCUAGGGAGUUAGUUGGAUCCUCCUCAAAAUUGGUGAGACUGUUCAUGAGACAUAUGAGAUCUUAAGGUUUCAAAAUGGUGAGUUUUCAUUCACGGGCCUGACCUGGGCAGGGUACCAAAGUCAGCUAUUUUUUGGGCAAAAUUCAGUAAAUGACUAAUAACUCCCUAAUACAACGUUCAAUCUUUUUCAUAUCUGGCAUGUAUGAGAGGUAUCCCAGCCUGAAUACGACUGCAUUGAAAUAUUACCCAUUAGGCCUGACGCCCCCCUGCUGGGAACAGGAAACACCUUUUUUUUUUUUUUUUUUACGAGAAACGCUCCUCCUUCAAGGGAAAAAAAAUCAAUUCACCUCAAACCUGCAUCAAGGGAGCCUUAAGACGCCCCCCUGCUGGGAACAGGAAACACCUUUUUUUUUUACUAGAAACGCUCCUCCUUCAAGAGAAAAAAAAUCAAUUCACCUCAAACCUGCAUCAGGGGAGCCUUAAGACAUGUGUUCAGGUGCCUGAACAAAAAAAUUAACAAAAUGGCUCAAUGCCACCCCCUUGAAUCUUUCAAAAAGGCCUCUUCUAUUAGGUUUUUUCAAUGUAGAGCAAUGAUAUUUGGGGAGUCGAUACCUUGUGGAAAACUGCACCAAAAAGUCUCUUGGACCCAUACACCAAACCUAAGAGGAAAUCUGGUAUUUUGGAUUUAAAAUUGUAGUCAAUUUCCUAGGGAGUUAGUUGGAUCCUCCUCAAAAUUGGUGAGACUGUUCAUGAGACAUAUGAGAUCUUAAGGUUUCAAAAUGGUGAGUUUUCAUUUACGGGCCUGACCUGGGCAGGGUACCAAAGUCAGCUAUUUUUUGGGCAAAAUUCAGUAAAUGACUAAUAACUCCCUAAUACAACGUUCAAUCUUUUUCAUAUCUGGCAUAUAUGAGAGGUAUCCCAGCCUGAAUAUGACAGCAUUGAAAUAUUACCCAUUAGACCUGACGCCCCCCUGCUGGGAACAGGAAACACCCUUUUUUACUAGAUAGGAUCAUCCUUCAAGGGGAAAAAAAUCAAUUCACCUCAAACCUGCAUCAAGGGAGCUUUAAGACAUGUGUUCAGGUGCCUGAACAAAAAAAAUUGACAAAAUGGCUCAAUGCCACCCCCUUGAAUUUUUCAAAAAGGCUUCUCCUAUUAGGUUUUUUUCAAUGUCGAGCGAUGAUAUUUGGGGAGUCAAUACCUUGUGGAAAACUGCACCAAAAAGUCUCUUGGACCCAUACGCCAAACCUAACAGGAAAUCUGGUAUUUUGGAUUCAAAAUUGUAGUCAAUUUCCUAGGGAGUUAGUUGGAUCCUCCUCAAAAUUGGUGAGACUGUUCAUGAGACAUAUGAGAUCUUAAGGUUUCAAAAUGGUGAGUUUUCAUUCACGGGCCUGACCUGGGCAGGGUACCAAAGUCAGCUAUUUUUUGGGCAAAAUUCAGUAAAUGACCAAUAACUCCCUAAUACAACGUUCAAUCUUUUUCAUAUCUGGCAUGUAUGAGAGGUAUCCCAGCCUGAAUACGAUUGCAUUGAAAUAUUACCCAUUAGGCCUGACGCCCCCCUGCUGGGAACAGGAAACACCUUUUUUUUUUUUUACUAGAAACGCUCCUCCUUCAAGGGAAAAAAAAUCAAUUCACCUCAAACCUGCAUCAAGGGAGCCUUAAGACAUGUGUUCAGGUGCCUGAACAAAAAUAUUAACAAAAUGGCUCAAUGCCACCCCCUUGAAUUUUUCAAAAAGGCCUCUCCUAUUAGGUUUUUUCAAUGUAGAGCGAUGAUAUUUGGGGAGUCACUACCUUGUGGAAAACUGCACCAAAAAGUCUCUUGGACCCAUACGCCAAACCUAACAGGAAAUCUGGUAUUUUGGAUUUAAAAUUGUAGUCAAUUUCCUAGGGAGUUAGUUGGAUCCUCCUCAAAAUUGGUAAGACUGUUCAUGAGACAUAUGAAAUCUAAAGUUAUCUAAACGUCGGUGUCACUUCUGCCUGCUUUUUGGGACAUUUUGGUGUCACUUCCUUGUUAACUCUUUGCAUACCAUUGACUGUGCUAGAUGUCCAAUCCAUUUUGACUAGGAGGAGCAAGUGAACAUUCAUUUUUGUUGGUACAAAUAGAAGAUGAUCAUUCACAGCCAGUGAAUUGGACGUCUAUCAAUAUCAUUGGCAAGUUAUGAGUUCAUUUUGCAUCAUUUGCAUGUCAUUUUAAGAUUGAGUACUUACGGCUCACUUCGUGUAAAUUUUGGAUCAUUUCCUGUUUAUUUCUCAGGCUACUUCCUUUUGAUUUUUCGGGCAUAUGCAGGCUACUUCCUUUUGAUUUGGUGUCACUUCCUGUUUAUUUUGGGAGCAAUGACAGUGCUAAACGUCCAUUCAUUUUGAGCGGGAAGGGGCGAAUGAAGGAUUGUAACCGCGGGCAGGUGUAGUCACACAGAUCCACCGUUUUACGGCGUCGUUGUCAAAGUAAAAGCAUGUAAUUUUUUUCUUAUGUGCAAUAUGAACAAGCAUUUUGACACCCCUGAUUACAUGAUUCCUCCAUUCCGUGUUCAAGAACGUUCCUUGUAAAUCCGCGCAUUCCAAAACGGCUCCCUCUCUUUGUUAUUUUGCGGAAGAUUGUAAAUGAUUUAACUGUUGAUCUUGAAUGUCCCAGAAAGACCAGGUAGCAAUGAGAUUUAAUGAUGUGUCGUCAUUGUUGUUGCAUGUUUCUCAUCGUGUUCCUGUAAAAGAGAGAUUUACCUGGCCUGGGUCAAGCUCUAUGCAUCUCAAAACAGAACGUGAUGCCAAUUUGGCUGCUAUAAUACUAUGUUGCUAUGUUGAUGCUGUCUAGUGUCUUUUAUUUUUUCAGUUGUUGUUCUUCUACUCCCAAUCUCAGGAGGUAGGAAGUUGCAUUGCAAAAGCGAUAGAAGUGCACGAGUGUCCUGACAGAUAUUUGUUCUUUGGCUAAUGGGCGGAGCUAAGGCUCCUGAGACAUGGACACUCAGGAAGGCGCCGCCUCUGAGCUGGGAGGACUUUGGUGGGAAUUGUUCCGCCUCCCGAUGCCAUGUCAAGCAAGUGAACUUUUCUUUGUUCGUUUGAAAAUUUGGAGUAAAGUUGCACUUUGGGUCUC